GACUAAAAGGGCUCCUAACUCCUUUCCCGCCAUCCAUUUCUCCUCCCUCCUCCGCACCUGUGUCUGAGGGUGACCGGGAACGCCGUCGGGGGUUUUGUGGUGAAGAAACCGCUGUGACGGAGCCGGGAGUGAUUUUGAGGCGAUUCCGGACGGUUUUGGAGCGGAUUUUGGGCGGUUUUGUGACGCUAAACAACCUUGGAGGACCCAAAACCACCGAGACGAGGGAGGGAGCGACGCCACCACUGAGUUCCGCCCAGAGCGGCUUCUGGCGGGCGCUUCCUGUCACGUGAUCAAAAUCUCGCGCUGCCAUUGGUGCAGGGAACAGGAAGAGGCCCGAGAGGAGGCGGAAGCGGCGCGGGCGGCAUGGCGGGGUUCGGGGUGGCCAACGAGCGGCUGCGGGCGCUGGAGGAGCUGGAGCGCGAAAUCGGCGCCUCCCUGCAGAGCGCAGGCCUGGUGAUCCUGGAGCUGUCCAAGGAGAAGCCCCAGGAGCGACACCUGGACCGUCAGGCCGCCCAGUUCGGCGCCGCCGUGGCCAAGGUGGAGGCCGAGCUCUCGGCGCAGAUCCGCUACCUGACCCAGGUGGCCACGGGGCAGCCCCACGAGGGCUCGAGCUACGCGGCGCGCAAGAGCUGCCAGCUGGCCCUGAACCGCCUGGACUACGCCCGGCGCCGCCUGGCCGAGCUGGCCCGCGCCUGCAGCUCAUGCUGGAGCAGUGACGCACCUGGGCACACCUGGGCACACCUGGGCACACAUGGAGACACCGUGGGAUGCAGCUGGAACGGCCUCGGGACAGAAAAAUGGGGAAAAUUGGGAUUUUGAUGGGAUGUGACACCUUGGGGACAGCGCUGAGAGACUCUGGGGACACCUGGGCACACCUGGAGAGAUCACUGGGACCGCCUGGGACACACCUGGA